AAUUCAAAUUGUCAACGGCAAAUGUUGCAAUUGAAUUCCAUAUGCAAAACUCUCAGCAAUUAUCAAGUUUAUUUUUAGGCAAGCAAUUGAAGGCUAAGGAGCAUGCGGUGCGCAGACGCCACUACCAAGCAGCAGCGGCCACACUCUGGCUAUAAAUACGAAUGCAUGCUAGGAGCAUACAACACAACGCAGCCAGCUGCGACGCAAGCAGCACGCAUUCAACAGCAACUCCAACAGCAAAGAAAGGCAGCUUCGAAAUGCUUGCAGUGUUACUGCCGUUGGUUUUUUUGGCAUCGCCUUUGCUGCGUGUUGCCAGUGCCCAAUUGGUUGACCUGCAGCCAGUUUAUACUGGACCCACAAUCGCGCCACUUGGUUGCCAUCGACGCUUGUACACGUACCGUGUUACACAGUCGGAUUUGCAGGGACGUGAGUGCUGGGAUUUCGUGAGCGUCUGGAGCUGUUGGGGUCGGUGUGAUUCCAGCGAGAUAUCCGAUUGGAAAUUCCCAUACAAACGUUCCUUUCAUCCGGUCUGUGUGCAUGCGCAGCGUCAACCAACGGUGGCCACACUGAAAAACUGUCAUCCCGAGGCAGACGAUAGCAUACGCAAAUACAACUAUAUGGAAGCCAUCAAUUGCCAUUGUCACACCUGCUCCACGGAGGACACCAGCUGCGAGGCGCCCGCCAACAAUGGUUUGGACGAAAGCAAAAGCGUUAAGGUUUUAGCUUUAACUAACGACGACUCUGGUGCACUCGAUUAUUAAGGGACCGUGGAUAACAUUGUGUAGUAGCGGUAGUAGUACAGUGUCUUGGCGCAUUUAUUACAAUAAAGCUUCAUUUGAUGGCAAGUUGCAUUUAAAGCAAACCACUUUAUUUGCUCGAUUUGAUUUACAUGAUUUUUUUGGUAAUCUGCAACCAGAAUUUUGUGG